GCUUGGAUCGUGGUCUUGGGUCAGGCUUGAGUUAUGGGUUUGGGUCACGGGCUUGGGUCAUAGGCUUGAGUUGGGCUCAGAUCACAGGCUUGGGUUGGGACUGGAUCACAGGCUUGGAUCAGGACUGGGUUACGGGCUUGAGUCAGGCUUGA